AUGUCGAGUAGAUUAGUUCAAAUAAAAGAUCAUCUUUUGUCUCAGGGGCAACCAUCUGUACAAGAGAAAAACGCCGACGAUGUUGUCAUCGUUUCAGCCUAUAGGUCUGCGAUGGCCAAGGGCUUCAAGGGAGGUUUCAAAGAUGUGAACUCGGAUUACUUACUUUACCAAUUUUUGAAAGAAUUUAUUGAGCGUCUUCCUGCACCAAUAAAAGAAAAUAAGGAGAUGAUUGAAGAAGUUGCUUGCGGUAACGUGCUUAAUCCUGGUGCAGGAGCAACUGAGCACAGAGCGGCGUGCUUAGCGUCUGGUCUUCCCUAUUCCACUCCUUUCGUUGCGAUCAACAGACAGUGUUCUUCUGGACUUACCGCAGUGAACGACGUUGCCAAUAAAAUUAGGGCUGGCCAGAUCAGCGUAGGUUUAGCCCUGGGAGUCGAGUCUAUGAGUAAAAACUAUGGUCCCAAAGCUCUCGGGGCGCUCUCUCAUGAAAUGAAAGAAAACAAAUCAGCUAGUACUUGCCUGAUUCCAAUGGGGAUAACUAAUGAAAAUGUUAGCACGCAAUAUAAGGUUUCAAGGCAAGAUCAAGACAAGUUUGCAGCGAGCUCCUACCAAAAGGCAGAAGAAGCGGUGUCAAAGGGUUUCUUCAGGGACGAAAUUCUUCCUAUCGAGCUUCCAGAUGGACGAGUAAUUGACACGGAUGAGGGGCCACGCAAGGGUGUAACCGCUGAGAACUUGGCGCAGCUGCGUCCAGCUUUCAUAAAAGAAAAGGGUGUCACAACUGCAGGUAACGCCUCUCAGAUUUCAGAUGGUGUGGCAGGGGUUCUUCUUACCAGAAGGUCCGUUGCAAAUUCUUUGAAUCUUCCUGUCUUGGCGAAGUAUGUGAGUUUUCAAGCCGUAGGCGUUCCUCCUGAAAUUAUGGGGGUUGGUCCAGCUUACGCCAUUCCCAAAGUUCUUAGUGACUGCCACCUAAAAGUAGAUGAUGUUACUGUCUUCGAGAUCAACGAGGCAUUUGCGGGGCAAGCUCUCUACUGUAUCCAAAAGCUUGGAAUUCCACUGUCAAAAGUCAAUCCUCAUGGCGGGGCAAUAGCGUUAGGUCAUCCUUUAGGUUGCACAGGUGCCAGACAAGUUGCCACGAUUUUGAGAGAGCUAAAGGCUGGAGAAGUGGGUGUGGUGAGUAUGUGCAUUGGAACAGGGAUGGGUGCGGCAGCAGUUUUUGUUAGGGAGUAA